AUGGCGCCGCGAGCUGAGCCCCCGAGCAGCGUGCGCUCGCCCACCGCCAGUCGGAAGCGCAUGAAGAAGUUCCGCGACGUCGUGUCCCCGCUGGAUCCGGCGGACGCGCGCUCGGGCGUCCACAGCUCCGAGUUCCGGGGCAUGUACAAUCUCGCUAUGAUAGCGUGCGGUCUGUACGUCUUCACGACGCUCUUCACCAACCUGCUGACGAGGAAGGAGCCGGCGGACCUGAAGCUGCUGCUCUCGGUGUUUUACUCGACGCACCUGCUCGAGGUGUUCGCCACCUUCGCCUGCCAGGCGCUCUACGCCUACACGGCGCUGAUCCCCGUCUACAUGGCCGGCACCGACAAGUUGUCCAACCGCCUGCUCAUCAACAUCGUGCACCACACGCUGCAGAGUCUGCUCUUCUUCUUCACCGUCGUCUUCAUCGUGUGGCGCGACUGGAACUUGAUCCACGCGGUCUCGGCCUUCAUCGAGGGCCUCGUGCUGCUCAUGAAGAUGCAUUCCUACAUCCGAACCAAGCUGGAGAUCGCCCGGACGGAGGACAAGCCGCCCUCACCGGACAUCAAGGACUACACAAUGUACCUGCUGAUCCCGUCGCUGGUCUACGAGCCCAAGUUCCCGCGCACUAACCAAAUCCGUUGGGGGUACAUCGCUGAGAAGACCUUUUCGGUCAUCAUGGGGAUCUCGAUGUUGUACAUCAUCGUGACGAAUCAUGUUAUGCCUCGCCUGGAAGACUCCGGAACGGUGAACCCCGUGCUGUCCAUUGUAAGCCUCUUGCUGCCGUUCCUUGGGUGCUACCUCCUCACGUGGUUCAUCAUCUUCGAGUGCAUCUGCAACGGUCUCGCCGAAGUCACGUAUCUGGCUGAUCGCGACUUUUACUCGGACUGGUGGAACAGCACGACGUUCGACGAGUUUGCACGCAAGUGGAACAAGCCUGUGCACGAGUUCCUGCUUCGUCAUGUGUAUCUGGAGACCCUGGACUCGUACAACAUUUCCAAGACCAACGCCACAUUUUUCACCUUCUUCAUGUCGGCGGCGCUACACGAGUGCGUCUUCAUCCUGAUGUUCCGCACUGUCAAGAUGUACUUCUUCAUCCUACAGAUGGUUCAGGUGGUUAUCAUCUUCUACGGCCGCGGACUGCGCGGUACGCGGCUAGGCAACAUCACUUUCUGGCUCGGGAUGAUCCUUGGUCUCCCGCUUCAAGCUGUCAUUUAUAGUCGGGAAUACCAUGGAGGUGAGCCGAUCUUCAUGGUCAUCAUGAUGCCAGCGAUGAUUUUCGGGUUUGGCGGUGUGCUCAUUGCGUCUUUGACGAGCCUUUGCCGGUCGAAGAAGAAAACCGUUUAGAUCCUUAGCAUACUAUACCCCGAGAAGAUGUAAGGCAGUUCUUCCUCAUCAAAUGUGCAGAGGGAAGAGGAAAAAGUUGCAACAACUAGGAAAAACAGUAUAAACAAGAGUAGCAGCUUAGGUUCACUGUU